GCUCUGUUAGACUAGACCCCGCGAGAGCCCUGAGUUCUUAGUUGUCAGCCGUCGCUCAUAAGCCGGCAUCUAUCCUUCGCCCUCAGCUUCCUACUAGACUCGUCAGUGUAGUACCCUGAUAACCCGACCUUUCUUCGUCCAAUUCUCGUCCGAUAUUCCUGACGGAUACCGUUGGUCGUCUUCCACGUCUACUCUUAAGGAAUCCGCGUCACUUCUCCGAAACAGUCGCCUUUGAGUACCCGCUGAGAAUAACUCGCUUUUCCGGGUAUCGCAGUGAGAGGUCGCAUUCAGUCGCAUUCAGUCGCAUUCAGUCGCAGAGCUGUGCUGAUUUUCCCUAUGAGACAUGAUUGAUCAGGGAGCCUGAACGUCUGACAUGCGUGAAUAGCCUGGUCGCAGGAGCCAGUUUAAACGGCCAAAUUUAGGAAUCAAAUAUAACAGAAGGUUCUGCGACGGCCGGCGGAUAGGAAGAAGCGUAUUACGCUCUGCAGAACCUGCUUACGAUCCUCACAAGCGACGGCUGUGCGAGAUGGUGUCCAGCCGGCGAGCGGUGCUCCCUGAGGGGUCGCGGGUGGCGUGCCUCGCUUCCUGGGACAACCUCUACCACGCUGGAGAGGUGGUUACCACCAGACGUGCUGCUGGUAGGGAUGGGAAGGGGGCUGGCUUGGCAGCAGGUUCAGUAGCAGCAGGCCCGGAAGCAGUAGGUUCGGCGGCUGCAGGCGCGGCGCUGGCGAGGAAAGGAGCUGACUUUGUGGAUGCUUCGUCAGUGGAGUACUAUAUACACUAUGUGGAAUACAACAAGCGACUGGACGAGUGGGUGGGGGAGAGCCGAGUGGAGCCAUGGACCACCAUGGAUGCCCCCAUGCAUGAGCAUGAGCAUGCGUAUGGGCAUGAGCAUAGCCAUGAUUAUGACUUCAAGCAUGAUCACAUGCAUGACCAUACCCAUAAGCAUGACCGUACCCAUAAGUAUGACCAUACCCAUAAGCAUGACCACCAUCAUGAGAAUGAGCAAAAGCCAUUACAAAGUCACAUGCAAGAGCAUCAUGCUGACGUGGACGCCAAGAGGCGUGCUGACCUGGCUGCUGAUGUGGACACAAAGGCCCACUCUCCUGCUGCUGUUGUCUUAACAGGCCCCAAGAGGAGACGACUAGACGCACCUGGCGCUGCUGCUGCUGCUCCAGGGUGGCAAGAGGGGAUACUUGAGGCGCCUACAAAGCUUGACUCCAGGGCCGCUGCAGGGGUGAAGGAGGAACCAGAUUCUGGUGGUGGUGGUGGUGGUGUAGGGAGUGGGUGUGGAAGUGGGAGGCGGGACAGGGAUGGAGCAGAAGACAAGGGAAGGGAAGGGAGGUUGAAGGAGGGGGGAGGUGGGAACGCAGCUGAAGAUGCGGCUGCUUUGGAGCGGCAGAUGAGAGUGAAGAACGUUGAGACGGUGGAGAUUGGGGAACACGAGAUCGACACAUGGUACUUUUCCCCGUACCCGCCCCACCUUACCAAAAGCGGCCGCCUGUUCAUCUGUGACGCGUGUCUCAAGUACUCCAACAGUCCAACGGCAUACGAGCGGCACCUGGCAAAGUGCCGGCAGAUUCACCCGCCAGGGGAAGAGGUCUACCGCUGCAGGCUCCUUCCCCCCAAUCCUGCUGCCCCCUCCACCACACCUCCCCAUAAACCUGUCGCUGGUAACCUCAUUUUCCCUCUGCCCAACGCCCCUGAUGCUGAGCCUGCUGCGGCAGCAGCAAGCACUUUUGGGGGCGGAGGCAUCAGGCCGGUUACUGACGGGGCUGCGGGGGGCGGUAAAAAUGGGUGUGCAAGUGGGUUAGGGGCAGCGGGUGGGCCUGUUGUUGCCAGCACUCGGGUGAAUGGCAACCUGGCUGCGUCUGCUGCUGCUGCCGCUGUGGCAGCAGCCGCAGCGGUAUGUAAUGCAGCAGAUGCUGGUGUAGGGGGGGAAUUAGGAAUGGGAGGAGGAGGAGGAGGAGGAGGAGGAGGAGGAGGAGGAGGAGGAGGAGGAGGAGGAGGAGGAGGAGGGAGGAGAGAGGGCAGUGAGACUGGGACGGCAGCUACAGGCACAGAGACUGCUGCUGCAGCAGAGGCGUUUGCAGCUCUGCAGUUCAGAGUCUCGGGGGGAGGGGGGGAUGGCACCUCUGGUUCGGAUGCUGCUGCUGCCCCUGCUGCUGCUGCUUCUGAUGCCGCUGCUGCUUCCGACGUUGCUGCUGCGUCUGAUGCUGCUGCUGUAACGGAUGCCUCAGGUGGUGUUUCUGGUGGGGUUGUUGCUGGUGCUGUUGUUGCUGGUGGUGGCAGUAAGGGUGCUACAGGCCUCGCUGAGUCCACUGUUGCUGCGGUGAGUGGCAGGGGUACAUAUUGCGGCGAAUUUGAUGCACACGAGGAAAAGAACGAGGCGAAGGCGGCAGGUGCUGCUGCUGCUGGUGGUGGUGGCACUAUGGGUGCUGAUGGUGGUGGUGGUGGUGCUGCUGCUGCUGCUGGUGGCACUAUGGGUGCUGAUGGUGGUGCUGGUGGCACUACGGGUACUGGCUUAGAAAAGCAAGCUGCUGAUGUGGCAGGGACGGAGGACGGACGAGAAAUUCUAAGGCAUGAGAAGCCGGGGGCUGGACUGGGGGGGUUGUUGCAGCAGAGGGGAGUGGGUGGGAAGGGAGAGCGGCAGGGGAACGAGCAGGAUGCAUCAGCCAAAGGGUGCAUGGAUGCAGGGGGACAGGGUGAUGAGGAGCAGAGAUCUGGCAGGGGUGUAGAACGGCAGGGUGGUGGAGGAGAGGGCGGAGGUGCAGGCAGUGGUGGUGGUGGCAUGCUGCAUGUGUUUAGGGUUGAUCCAAUGGAGGCCAAGCUUUUCUGCCAGUGCCUGUGUUUGCUGGGCAAGCUGUUUCUCGAGCACAAGCCUCGGGUGUACACCCUAGAAGGCCACACCUUCUAUGUCCUCACAAGAUCAUCUGACACGUGGCACACCUUCAUUGGCUACUUUGCCAUCGAUUCUUCCCCCCUUGAUUCCAAGCCGCCCACUCUUGGCACCCAGAGGGCGGAAGGCGAGACGAGCGACUCGCACAAGCCAGAGGCUGGCACAGCAGGCUCUGGAGGAGGAGGCUCCCCUCCCGUGCGUCUCUCCAGCCUCGUUGUGCUCCCUCCCUUCCAGCGACGCGGCUUCGGUCGAUGGCUCAUUUCAGUGGCAUACGAGUUGGCAGCAACGCGCCAUCAGCUUCUCAUGCCCAAGGCCCCCCUCUCGGAUCUUGGCACGGUGGCUUUCAGAAGUUACUGGCGCUGGCAGAUUCUACGCUCACUGAGGAACCUUCAAGGAAGCUGCAGCAUUGAUCAUCUAUCCAAGAGCUCGGCCAUCCAACCAGAGGACAUGAGAACGGCUCUCAAGCAGCUCAAGCUUGCAAAGUACUGCAAUGACAGCGGCAACAUCAGUGUGCCACCCAGUGUUCUGAGCAAGAAGACAAAAAUGAACUUGGAUGCCCUCCUUGUUGACGGAUCACCAGCAAAUGUUGUUAUGAUUGGGUUGGACGCAUCAUAGAAGCUGCAACUCAAGCCUUAUAUGCUAGGUACGCACUCAAGGCCAAUAUUUUUAGGAGGAAAAUGUCAUAGUAUUUCGUUCAACAAAAUGGCAUUUGUUUUGCUUUAAGAACUGGUACCUGUAAUCGACCCAAACGAGUCAACGGAAGCUGCAAGCAUAGAACACUGGCACCUCUAGGGAUACAAUCCAUGAAACAGGCCCCCACCUCAUGAUGGUUCCAUCUGCAUGUCCUACCAAGCGGAGCUCGCACUAUACCUGAGAAAAUCAUAUGUAAACUGGGCCGCAUUUGGAGGGUCUAAACCACAUAGAGCCCAGAUAUUAAAUUAGCUCACACAAGUCAAUGAGCAGAAUUGGGGCUGGGCGGGAUACUGUUCGGAUACUGUUUGAAUUUUCGGGG